CUGCGAGUUUGGAGGCUGCGACAAGUACGACGGCGACUUUAAAACGUUGCGAUUCUGUUGACGACAUUAUCACCAUCAGCUCGUCGACAUUGGCACAAUCAGAAUCGUUGCUGUGGCGCUUUUGCUUAUUUUCGGCGUGCCUUGGUACAUGAUCAAAUGCUUACUGCUGGUCAUAGGACGGAUAUUUGCUCUGCUAAAACAGUGAUUGUGACGGAGACCAUCACCUCCACUGUGACUGCGUCUCCCGUUCAACCUUGCUCCCCAACAACAAACGCCGCAAACGCAGUCUCCCCAGAGUUUGUUACCACCACCUCCACGACAUACCUUCCAUUUCCAUCCAAUUACCUGCCGAACCCAGAGCAGUCGCCGAACGUCGUCUUGAGCACAGUCACAGUCGUUCCAUUGCCAGCUACCGAUGUUUCAUCUGCGGCUUCUGUCUUCAAUAGCGCUCCGCCGGUAUACUCCGGGUCCUCCGGCUCGCCUGCAAAUACGCAGGACCAAAUUACACAUAUCCGGGUGACCAGCACUUCGAAUAUCCGUCUGACAACAACGGUAUUUCUACCACGCACAUCUGCAGGAAUUGCCGUCAAUGAGACAAUCCUCUCGACUCGAACAACCACUCGAUACAGUACAAUUUCUGUUGCCUUUGCCUCUCCUGCUGCCAGCAACCCACCUGCCCUAAAUGAAAACUCUACAACUCAGAUCACGUUCACCAGAGCCGCACCAACGUCUGUGGUCAUGCCGGACACGACAUGCUCCACCACAGUCGCAGUCGCAUCGACAUCGCCCGUGACUUUGGCCAACGCAGCUAGCACGACAGACAAGCAUGUGGCACCAUCAAUGCCGGCAAUUUAUUCGGAAGUUGAAUACGCUCCUCGUUACAAUGCCACGCACACAACUGCCCCGAUUUCCGUACCGCUAACCGCCGCCGUCGCCCCCUUUACGUUCGUGAGCGUGGUGCCGAGCAAUACCACUUUUGCCUCUCCCGCUCGCACUUCAUCAGUCGCGCCCAUUAUUCCCGUGUACGGCUCACCCAGCCCACACAGCCUCGGGAAGCCAAACACCUUCGCCUUAUCAGCUUCGAAGCUCAUUGAGACGCCGACGACUAGCCCCUUGGCUCACGCUUACGGCGUGCCGACUUACAAUGCCCCACCACCACCGAACACAUUUGCGUUAUCAGCCGCGAAGUUCAGUGUCGCAUCGACUUCGUCAUGCAGCGAGAGUGCAAAGGUCACCAAUCCAAUCGGCCCAUCAAGUCAGACUAAAGCAGAUGCUGUCCAGCCUCCUUCUCUCGCGACUUACGGCACCCAGGGUUCCAAUAUGAUCGGCUCCCCAGCCCUGAGUACAGCAGAUGCCGUGCAGCCAACCUCCCUUGUAGCCUAUCAGACUCGACGCACCCAAGUCGUCAGCUCCUCGGCCCAUACGACAGCAGGUACUGCUCAGGCUCCGCCCCCUGCUGCCUAUCACACUCAGAGUGUGAACGUUGCCAGCCCCUCGGGUCCAACAAGAGCAGAUGCCAUUCAACCGACUUCCCUUGUGGCCUAUCAGACUCGAAGCACCCAAGUCGUCAGCUCAUCGGACCAUGUUACAGCAGGUGCUGCUCAGGCUCCAUCUCCUGCUCCCUAUUACACUGGAAGCAUAAAUGUCGUGAGCUCCUCAGCCCAGACCAAAGCAGAUGCUAUUCAGCCAACUUCUCUCGCAGCCUAUCGUACUCAUGACGCUACCAAGCUCGCCGCGCCGGCGUCAUCUCAAGCAGCUCAUACAGCUCCAGUCAUUCAGCCCCCACACAACUACAACUCUCCACCGCAGUACAACUCUGAAACCUAGCAUGUUUCAUCGUCUGGCGAUGUGACUAGCAGCAUGGAAGCAACAGCAACGAGCCUCUUCAG